AGUUUUAUAGGCAAAUAACGCUCUAAACUAAAUGGGUGUCUGUCUUUAAGUGUUGAAGCUAACAUGCAAUUAGUUUUUCUCUUUUUCGGGUGGGGGGGGGGGGGAGGGAACACAAAUUUGGGUGAAAUUGGGAUAAGGUUUUACAUUGGUAUGCCGGGGUACUGUAUUUCUUUUGUUUGGGGAUCUGUUUCAGUGGGGUGGAAGGGUGGGGUUGGGUAGGGAAGGGGCUUUGGAUUUACCAGAGGGUAUAGUGCAAGUUGGCGAUAGAUGGAGUUAAUUCAGAAUCUGAAACAAGGAGCAUGCAUGUAGUAUUAAACAAGCCGGUGCAUGUCCACAAAGUUUUCUAUUACCAAUUUAAUUCUGUAUUAUGUAAGCACUGCUUCACAACAUGCAUUUCCGUUUUGAAAGAAUUGCUGACUUUUCAGCAAGUUCCCAAAUGAAACGUGGAUACAAAAACUUCUUUUCUGCUUUCCCUGUGAAGUUUUUCUACUUUACAGAAAGUGACUCCCAUGUUCACACUUAUCAAUCUUUUUUCAGAGUUAAAGGUGAACUUUUGUUUAUUGUGCUGACUCUGUUGAUAGCAAAUAUUGACUAACAUGUGUAACUUGCCUGUCUCUGAGCAUGGGGCAAAGAUUAGGGUAGAAGCCCUUAAAGAAAGGUACAGUAUAAGUGCCUCUCAACCUGGAAUUUCAUUUCAAUCUCAUCAGCCCUGGAAUUUCAUCUUUGGGCACUUUCUAUUGAAAACCUUAAAGGGGCACCAAGGCAAGGGGCAAUGGAGAUUGUGGUACGCGCGUAAUUCCUGGCUUGUAUCAUUCAAAAUGGAUACAAAAACUUCUUUUGUGCUUUCCCUGUGGAGUUUUUUCUAACUUCACAAUAAAUGACUCCCUUCACACUAAUCAAUCUGUUUGCAGAUUUAAAACAAAAAAUAAACCCAUGUUGCAAAAAGUAAAAACUUAUGCAUCGCACUGUUGUGUUGUCAAUGGCAUGGAUUUGGGCUAACAACUAACAUUUUUGUCGUUUUAUUGACUUCUUGUGUAUUUGUAAUUCAUAAAUCAAGAACUGCUGAAAGCUCAAACUGUUUAAUUUGAUACACUUUUACAUCGAAGCUCUGUAGUUGUCUAUUAUGGUGGUUUCUUGUAAGGACACACAACUGUGUACAUGAAUAUGGUUUCUUGUAUAGGAUAUGCAUGUACUAUAUGGUUUCUUAUAGGACAUACUAUAAAAAGUCACUUUGUAUGAAAAGGAUAGUUCAACAUUUUGGACUAAUGUACUUGUUUCAUGUAUGUUGGCCUACUCAUGUGUCCUGUGUACUCUGCUUCAAUUCAACUUGGUUUUAAAAAAGUCGACAACCAUAGUUCCAGUAACAUCAUUGCUUGUGAGCCGUGUGGAAUUUACCAGCCUCAGCAAUGUAUGUAGAAUGAUUAGUGUAAAUUUUGCCCACAUUGGGGUAACCAGUUUUUGUUCUUCUUAAUUCUGUGUGUACAAAGCUUGGUCGGUCAGCUCAAAAUCUGGAUUAAGAUCUCAUUUGCUAUGUGUUUGUUGCGAGUAACUUUUUCAUACAUGAUGACUUUACUGUCGGCUUAUAAAACUGAUCAGUUAGGGUUGAGUGAUAUAUCUUGCCCUAAAAGAUGCUAUCAGUUCUGGCUGUGCUGUUUGCUAAAUGAACAUAACUUAUGUACAGCAUAAAAAAACAUUAUCUGCCUUAUGAUAUUCUUUGCUUUUAUGAUGAUAUUUUAAAUAUAUUUUUGUCGUAGUGAUGAAUCUGUUCUGACCAGAGUGAACACAUUUCUGGACAUAAAUCAUACCUCAUGAUUUUUCUUUUUAAAAAUGACUAGCAUAUUGGCAAAAUUGUAAUUUGUGCCAAACUUAAUUUCCACUUUCUUGACGAUAAUUAAUAAUGUGUACGGCCUCGGUCAGAGUACAAGAGAGCGCUAUACCAACUUGUAGUACAAUUUUGAAGUCUGUAACAAUCAGAUUUGUUCAGAACUAAUUAGUUAAUGCUUCUAAAUGCUUCAAAAUUUGCGAGUGUUUCAAUGAAAAAUUGAAUCUCUUGCAAGUUUCUUGGUGUAGCACUCCUUUGUAAAAAGGUUGACCAUAAAUUUUAUUGACAUGUGCAGGUUUUUGAAAAUGAUAGCAGGGUGUGAUAAUUUUUGUACAAUAGACCAUUGCAUAGUUCGUCCAUUAUCUGGUUCCCCGACUACCAGUUAAAAUCUCUAGCAACAGUUGUGCGAGGUCCAGUCUAGUUUUGAGAGGGGCCCUGGAAUUUAUUGCCCAUGUGUAGUUGCUUGCCCAUGUGUCGUUGCUAUUAUUCAAGUAGAUGGAUAUGGUCUGUUGGAUUUAAUUAUUACUCAAUUCAAAGUUUUGAAGCAAUAUUUUUUCUCGUGGUGGAUUUUUAUUUUGUCUAAUACUUUUUUAUUUUCUUUUUCUCAUCAAAAUAUUUCGUUGCUCAUAUUGUGACAAUGUUCAAUUUAUUUUCACGACAAAUUUUGUUCAUAGCAUUUAGAGACGUGUAGGUCAUUUACAUGUUUAAAACGAUAUAGAUUUACUCUAGAAUACUCUCUUUUAAUUUCUUCGUAGUCUGUCUAAAAUCAUGAGAUUAUUUACAAAAGUUUAAUAUCAACUAAUAAUACGUGGUCACUUUGGGUCAACGAGUUUUAAAUUGGCAUCACUGCACAGCUGAAGUAUGGCGUCUCUAUUCAUUGUAAAAACUACUAUCUUGCGGCAGCCAUUUUGUUUUUCAUCCAUGUUAAUGUUCCCAAACGGAGGCUGGUGGGAUAAGAGUCUGGUUCCUUUUUUGUAUGAUACAGAAAGUAUUAAAUGAAAUUAUUGCAAAAAAGGAACUAGACUAAAUGGCUGUAGCAUAUUUUAACGGUACAUGUACAUUUUUGUAAAUGUAUACUGUACAUUGCCACAAUAUACAAAUAGUACCUUGAAUAGUCUUUGAUGCAACAUUUACCAAAGUUCGGUAGCGAUGACGUCAUUGCAGAGUCUGCCAUGUGGUCGUUUGUCAAGUCCACAGUUACAAAGAUCAGAUCAGUUUUAUAUUUACUAUUAAUCUUCUGUAUGGACGGCCACUGGUAAAUAUAGCGAAGUAAACAAACCGUUAAAAGAGUGGUUGGCAACAUAUUUGAUUGCCUUGUGUUGUUUCACAGUUAAAUUGAUUCAGUUUUUAUACUGGCUGUUCAUAGUUUCAUAACCAACAAUUGUAAUGUUAAGAGAAACUUUGUUAUUGAAUGGUCGAGAGUUGGUAAAAUGAAAACAACAAACAAACACUUGUGGACCAUUUUACCACUCUCAACAUCACGGAAGGCAAUACAGAUAUGGGGAAAAUACACUUUUGGGGACACUAGGUGGCAGCAGACUCGCUAGAUAAUGUAAAACCAAUGUUCUUAAAAAUAAUUAUGCGCAUGUCCAUAACUCAUGCCUGUAUAACUACGUUAUAACAACGGGGAUUUACAUGUCAUGCGUUUUCGCGGUCGUAACCAAUAACUGUUUCGGUUGAGUUGGCCAUGGGUUAUCACUUGCCAAUGACCGAAACGGUUGUUGGUCACAGCCGCGAAAACGCACCCUCUAGUAUGUAUGGUUUCUGCAAUCUUGUGGUUGGAAUUGUCCAAUUGAUGACAUCAUUAAGAGUAGUAAAAUUGCGUCCAGGAUAGACCAGUCCAGGAACUUCAGUGUCUCUGUGGUUGGCUGUGCAAUACAUUUCCCUCAAGUGCCAUCUAGCCUGGCUUUACCCGGUCAUUGGAGGCUUGUUUAUGGGAGAAGAAGCAUGUCAGCAAAUAUAAUACUAUGGUCGGUUCUCCACUAGACAUUAAACUAACUACAUGUACAUUGUACAUGUUUUCAACAAGUGAAUAGUUUGGGCACAUGAGAGCGUACUUGAAGUGCUGUUAUGGCCAUAAUUAUGCAUGACGUCAUGUUAAACGUACCACGUCACUAUGACCUCAAUUUUAUGAUUCCAAACUGAUUACGCGUUCGAUUGCUAGUUCUCUCCGAAUUUUAACUACAUGGUAUGUUAAAAAAACCUUUUGACUUGAUCAUGCAAUGCCAAAAACAAAACAAAUUGUGUUCUUUAAAUAAUAUUGUAUGCAUUAAAACGAAAGAGUAUACUGGCCAUACCAGUAAAUGGUUUAGUAAUGUUAGUAAUACUUAUUUUGAACAUCUCAUAUAUAACUUGUUUGGUUAAAGUUAAAUACAGAUCACUUGUAAGUUGUAUCCUUACACACUCAGUAUACAAGUGUACUGCACAUGCUUGUCAUAGUACGUGUCCAGACCCCCUAAAUCAACAAAAAAAACAAACGAAAAGGAUAACUAAAAUUAACAAACAAUAGUGCCCAAGAAGAAUGAGGGAAGACAAGCAGGCCCACUUGUACGUCAUCAUAAAACGAAAGUAGUUUUCAAUGGUUCCCUGAAUAGUUUGACUGCGUAGCCUAUUUUGAAUAAUGUUCUGAGAACUACAUUUUCUUUUCAAAAUUCCCUUCUAAAAUUGCCCCCCCCCCCCCCCCACCACCACCAACUCUGCCCCUAUGCACCCUCGCACUCCCCCCUAUUAUACCCUCCAUCCGUUCCCAUUAGCAAAGCUUUAUACUAAGACAAAGUUCAGCCGAUGGGCGUGGAAAACCCCUGCAGUACACAUACAGCAUAAAACGAAGGCAGACCAUCCCACCACCAAGGACAUUGCACAAUCAAGUGCAAUGCUUUGUACAGUUACGCAUAGUGAUAACUGUGUGGUGCAAUACAUUUGCGUAGCUAUAAAUUAAGACUUCAAAAACCUGUUCGACACAACAGUUCCUGCAUUCGUAUCGCUGCACCAUCAUGUUCUAGAUUUUGUUCUAAAUUUGAAGUAUUGUAAUAAAAAACUACAUGCCAGCGAGUUGUAAAAUAUCUCAAAAAGUCUGUACAUCGUGUGAUGCCUUAACCGGGUACAUGUCGAGUAGGGUUACUGCAAGUGGAAUUGGCUGAAAACAAUCUAGGAUACAACUUCAUAAAAAUUUGACCCAUAAAUAAAGAAAUCUACUCCAAGAUGCCAAGGAAGACUAAAGCUAGUCGCAAGACGGAUAUGAGUUUGGAGAAGAAGAUCCAAAUCUCGGAAGAUUUUGAAGUUGGGAAUGCUGGCGCCUCCAAGACGUACCCUCUGCAGUGUUCCGCACUUCGUAAAGGGGGGUACGUGAUGAUGAAAGACCAGCCAUGUAAGAUCGUAGAAAUGGCCACGUCUGCACCAGGAAAACAUGGACACGCAAAGAUUCACCUGGUUGGGAUUGGUAUUUUCUCCGGGAAGAAACAGGAGGUGAUCUGUCCGUCCAGCCACUCAAUGAUGGUGCCACAUGUCAAACGCGAAGAUUAUCAGGUGAUUGGCGUUUGGGAUGGGAGCAUGAAUCUUUUGGACAACAAGGGCGUGGUCAAAAACUUUGUCUCUUUGCCAGAAGGGGAGCUCGGGAUUGAGAUUCAAGCACGCUUCGAGGCAGAGGAAGGUAUAAUGGUUACUGUCAUGUCAGCUUUGGAUGAGGAAGUCGUUGUCGGUUUGAAGAAACUGCCCAAGUAAGAAUCGGUAAACAUCGACUUUGAUCGGCAACUGUCGACAGUAAAAGGAUGCCAUUGGAGCUAUAAUUAGCUUUCAAGUAGUUUUUAGAUGUUGAAAUGAACAUAUUAUUAGAUUAGAAUUUAAAUGGGGUUUCUUUAUAUUUUAUUCCUCUAAUAGUGUCUGAUUAGAAAAUAACACAGCUUUAAAUGAAAUAUAGAGCACCAAGUCGCAAUGUUUGAUUAUUUGAAGCACAGAAAAAAGCCACAUAAAAAUCGAACCGAGAGAUUUACAAUUUGAAUUCAUUCAUAAUUUUACUUUAAAAACGUAGGUGGAGUGAUGACAUUUAUUUCUAAUAUACAAAAAAAAAUGGAGAUUGCUAAACAAAGUAUCAUGUUAAUCAAUAUUGCAGUAUGAAAUUAACUAAUGAAAAUUGGAGGUUUUGGGUUCUUCACAUGUAUCCACCAAGACCAUGUGUCGAAAUCAGACAUCGACUAUCUGCGGCUUUUGCUAAAAACAUGUGUUAGGAUGUGCUUAUUGAUAUGUUAAUGCAUGCAGUAGCCGCAAUGUUUGAUAACAUUUAAGAUGCUCUUCUAGUUUGUUUAGAAUCCAUGACUUAUAAAUGCAUUAUCAACAUUGAAUAAAACAGUAGUAUAGUAUUGCA